CUCGUAUCGAGUCCUGGAACCACCACACUUUCACACGCUGCUGUUGGAAAAAGCUGAAGGAUAUGCUGCUGGUUGAGGCUACUGGACGGGAAAAUGGGAAUGGGGGAGAAAAGGGGGGAGAAAGGGAGACGGAAGUAGGAGUCGGCAAAGUUCCGCCCUCCCUACACCUGCAACCCCAUCAUCCGCUUUCACCGCUUAUCCCACUGCAAUCCCCCUUAUCAUCCGCCUCGGUACAAGCACUUCCACCAAUGCAGUUCCAAGCACCUUUUGCAACCUGCUCGUCAAGAAAGGUGGACCAUCCUGGCCGUUACUGGAGCCCCUUAUCCGUCCUCAACACACCAUCUUAUGCAUCUGACGCAUCGUCGGAAGGAAGCUCGCCAUUCACAGAGAAGAGGUGAAGAGGGCUUGCCAUCUUGGGCGUCUGACUGUCAUAUCAUUGGAAGAAGGCUCACCGUUUUCAAGCCAUCUCGGUGUGGUGGAGACCUCCUGACAACCGCACAUGGUAGAGUGACGACGAGCAUACCUCAUGCUUUUGGUAUUUUCAAGGGAUGUAGUAUGCUCAAUCAGGGCGUGGUACCUUAGAUCUCUAACUCCCAGGGGUGUUCGAAUGGAGGUGAGUGGUACGAUGACUUAAAAAACGGGUUAGAUAUGAUUCAGUUCGACAAACGCGAGGUUUUAGUGUGGUGGAGCUUCGUUCUACUUUGUUCGAGAUCUAAGGUACCACACCUUUAGAGGUUCGUAGUGUUUGCGUUGGGUGAUGUUUUACUGUGGCAGAAUGGCUAGGUGACCACCAUUGAUAGUGCGAAAUGUUUAUGAUUGCGUAGUUUACUUGCAUAGUAUUUUCUUACCUUAUAUUUCACACUUUACAGCAGUGCCAGAAUACAUCAACUAAAAGCAUACCGCGGAUAAGCUAAUCUCACACAAACCACAGUUCUCUGUGGCAUGGUCAAUUUGCUCUGGCUGUACGCCACGUGCCUUGUCGGACUGCCACGUCACGCACCUUCCCCAUGAUCGCGCAAUCCCAGCUCGCCGCAAUCAGCGGCGGCAGCACCGUCUGGGCAAGCAGCCGGCGCGGCUCGACGCGGAACCCGCUCGUUCAGUCUCGCCGCCAAGGGACCCCAUUGUUGCACCCGCGAAUUUCACAGGCUAAGUCAGCAAGCACGGUCGCAGCGCAAGCGCAAGCACAAGCCCAAGCGCAAUCGCGUGCAAUCUCUUCUACUGCCGAUGGAGUUCCCAAGGUCGCUUUUGAGGCACCUCAAACGCAAGCCCGAGCGCAAUCGCGUGCAAUUUCCGAUGGAGGCUCUCAUACUGCCGAUGGAGUUCCCAAGGUCGAAUCGUCCCAAGGUCUUAUCCGCAAUCAUCAGCACCCCUUUCUUCUCAACGGCUCUGAUGACGUCACCGCGCCAGAGCAUCUAGUGGCGGAUAACUCAAUAUCGCGACGUUCUUUUGUGGCGCUAUCCGCCGUAUUUCCCGCUCUCUUACUCGCACCGCCCUCCACGUCAGCAUCCCCAGACUCCACGUCAUCCUCCGCUGGCAGCGCCAUUAUCCCUCGUGCCCCCAAGGAUCCACGGUGGAGAUUCAAAUCGGCGAUAACUGCGGGCUCGGAGUCGCGAUUUACCCCGAUUUUAGCUACAGCCCCGGCGGCGUGGGCGGGGGAGGCGGCUCGGGAACCGCGACUGAUUUAGACGACGGUUCGGAUCGCAUUGAGAUAGUAUUCGACCCCGAGACGCUGUUCAUCCCCCCCCUGCAGUACAACACGACGCGGUUCCUCGGGCUUCCGCUCCCCCCGCCGCUUAAGAUUGAGAUCGCCCCCGCGGCGCUGAGGGGCUACCUGGAGAGGUCGACUGGCAAGGUGGAGCUUACCUUCAUCUCGAAAUUCUUCUUUACAGCUGGACCCAUCUACACUGCGCCACCACUUACUGUAGAAACAAUCCUAACCACAGAAAUCUCGGGGGGGCCCAUGCGCUCAGCACAAGGCUCAAGACUUGAUGCGUAUGGGAAAUGCACAUUGGUGGGAGUGGCACGCGUGCCUCCUGUCAACGACGCCUUCCUCGAUACCUUCCUACUGUUGCCUACGGAUGUUGUUGCAAUUCUGCCAGCAGAGCUCUGGUUCAAGCCUGCUAGAGCAUGAGAAAGCUGUUGGCUUGCAUAUCAAGCAUGCUGAUUUAUGUUUUUUAAAGCUUGCAAUUGUUCUACAUUUCGUUUUGGCUUCCUAUUUUAGUUAGACUUGGGAUG